AUGGCCGACCCGACGAUACAGACCUUUUGCUGUCACCACAACAAUCGCACGGACAUGGCCAUUGUUAUCAUGAACGAGUUCAACUCGGACGCUUACAACACGGUCUGCAUGGUUUCGUCGUUUAUUGGCAUACUCGGUGCCAUUUACCAGAUAUUGCCCCGACAAGAGUCAAAUAUUCCGCACAGGUGGCAAGGAUUUUCUGCAGCCAGAGGUCGAGAGAUCAUCAUGUGGCUAGCUUUGGCCGAUCUUUUUGCUUCGUUGGGUGUCUUCAUCCGAUCGGCACUUUGGAUGAAUUUCAGGGCAAUAAUGCCGUCAGCGGAUGACACGUCUAGCGUUGUCUUUUGCGCGUUCACAUCGGCGUGGGUACAGUACUUCUACAUGGCGACGUGGAUCUGGACGUUGUGCUACGCCAUCGACAUGAAACUCCUCUUGGGCGAACGAGUGGGACGGCCACUGUUGUAUCACCUGUUCGCGUGGCUAAGCCCAGCCUUUCUGACCACUUUCGGUCUUUCCCUAUUGUACUAUCCAGACGCGGACUGCCACAGUUUGUCCUCGCUGUCCUCGGCUUUACGGCGCAUACUGCCCAACUACAUAGCGACUUACGUUCUUCUCUUCACCGUAAUGUUGGUCAAUCCUGUUUUGUACCUCCUGUCGUCGAGUGACUUGAAAAACGUCGUCACCUGCACGAUGGCACAGAUGACGGGCAGGGAGAGAAAACUAUUCCAGACUGUAAAACUCAAGUUCUUCAUGACCAAUCUCGUCUACUACGUUUGCUGGCUGCCGAACGUGGUCAACGGAGUUCUGCUGUGGACUUUGUGGUUCAACCUGCCGAUCAAAGUAAUCAUCACUCUAUGGUACAUAAUGGCGGUGACGAAUCCCCUGCAGGCGCUGUUCAACGCGCUCGUUUACAAGAGAUGGGGCGGCCGGGAAAGAUUCCGGAUGGAGUGGUUCUACAAGCUAAAGAGGCUCAAGUCGAAUUAUUUCAAGCACAGCGCCGACAACUCCGAGGCGAGCGAGUCGUCGCCGCUCGUCAACUCGCGGCACAGAGCCACGCCGCACACGAGCAUCAACGGCUCCUCGUCUCUGUGAACAAAAAAUAAUUACCUGUGAUAAUUAUAACUACACACCCCUUACUUGCCUGCAAUUGUGACACUAAUUGCACAGCGCAUUUUAUCUUUUUCUUUCCUUCGCGGAUGUUGUGGGGUUUUCGAAGGAGCGAGUCGACGCGUCGAAAAAUAACUUUUUCUGCCAGUACAAACUCGUAGCUUUUUAGGAUAUUACUCAGAAGACGUCAUAUUAUUAUAUUGUAUGAUUGCCAAGAAAGUAUGUGUGUGUGUGUGUGAUUGUUACGUAUACUUUUAUUAGUUCCAAACCAGUUGAUGAGGUGAUCACCUCUCAGGGUUUUGUUUCUAUACAAAUUACAUAUAUACAUAGAAUUAUAUUAAUGGUAUCUUUUUAUACAGUUAACAAAUUAAUUUUCGUGUGUCGCCCUCAACACUGUUUCGACAGUUCGUGGGUGCAGUGCAAGGCUUCAGUCUGGACAUCUCAGUUUACGAAAUGUGACUUAGAUGUCGAGUCGGAAGCCUGGCAGCACACAUACAAUUAUACAUCAGGCUGUUCUAGGGCGGGUUUGUAUUUCCUGCUCUACAGGUACCCUACUUAUCAUGUGGAACGAUGUAUUUGGAAGCUUAUGGAGAUUCGUAAAAAACCUAACGCGGGAUAUCGAUCAUAUCCCUUUAUUUUUAAAAUUUUUUCUCGUAAGUGCUAGAAAUAUUUAGCGCAAACAUGUCAAAAUAAGCUCCUUAUGUACAGGAUUUUAUGGUAUUUACUAAAAAUGAUUUUUAUGUUUUUUUUUUGUUUUUUUUUUUUUAUUUUAAUUUUUUUUUUUCG